AUGGCUGCCCCCGUCAUGGAGAGGCUCCAGGUAGCGGGGCGGCAGUUGCACGGCUCUACCAAGGUCUGGUUGCCUGGGCUGACCCAGAUCAGGUGGAGCCGAUACAGUCCCAUUUAUCUUGAGCCAGAAAUAAACAAAGAAGCAUAUCAGAAGCCUCCGGAGCGAUUAACAGAAGAGGAAAAGGCUGAACGAGAGCUAAAAGCAGUCCGACCCAUAAAAGCUGCCCCUUCCAAUGUCUCCUGUUCUGUGUUCUAUGAUCCAAUGAUAAGCAAAUUCACUAGCAUCAUGAUGAUGGGAGGGAAUAAACUUCUGGCCCGGACCCUCAUGAAUCAGACUUUAGAAGCCAUUAAGAGGAAGCAACUCGAGAAGUACUAUAAUGCCGAUGAGAAGGAGAGAGAAAACAUUGAGUGCAACCCUUACACUAUCUUCCAUCAGGCACUGAAAAACUGUGAGCCCGUUAUUGGGUUGGUGACUAUCCAGAAAGGAGGUCGUGCCUACCAGGUCCCUACCCCCCUGAAGGACAACCGGCGGCGCUUUCUGUCUAUGAGGUGGAUGAUCACUGAGUGCAGGGAAAACAAGCACAGGAAGACAUUCAUGCCUGAAAAACUCUCCAAUGAGCUGAUGGCAGCCUUCCACAAUGAAGGCCCUAUAAUAAAGAAAAAGCACGAGCUGCACAAAAUGGCAGAGGCUAACCGGGCCUUCGCCCACUUUCGUUGGUGGUAGAGAAUGCACCGUUCUGGCAAACAUAUUCUUGGAUGACGGAGAUUUCACCUUAAGGAAGGCAAAGAACAUCCAGAUGCGUCUCUUAGCAUACCACAUGCCUGAGGGUGCUUCUCAAAUGACUCUUUUCAAAUGAUGUUUAACAAAUCUCAGAGCAAAUUACCUAUUAAAAUUUCAUAUUAUAGGAGUUCUUUUCUUGACUCUUGCAAGGUAAAGUUCUGGUUACUCCAGUUUCCUAGAUGACUUCAAAUAUAU